AUGCGAGUCGGUGAGUUGGACCCGUGGGUGAUUUCAGUACGUAUUGACGUGACAGGUGUGGAAUUCCUGAAAGGAACGAGUGGUGUAUUGGUACGUAAUGGUGGUGUAGUGAGUCCUGUACCAAGGAAGCCUAAGAGAAGUAACCACAGCUUGUGUGGUGUAGGUGGAGUUAUACCACCAGUCUGGAACAAUGAGUUGUUGUUUCCAGAUUUGUAA